UGUGGUUCUUCCCUCUUCUCCUCUUGUUGCUGCUCCCCAGGCCUCUCGAGCUCCUGCGACUACCCGUUUGAGUUGCUCCCUUUUGAUAUCAACAGCCCCUAGUAUUGGCGCUCUACCUGUCCAAAACUCUCCUGCUCCUUCAACCCAACCCUCUUGAACUUAACACAGACCCCGAGAGUCUUCAUCUACCCGUUGACGCUCGCCGUUGUACCCACCGCAACUUCAAGCCACGCAACAUGGUUCUGCUUCGUUCGCUGUUUGCCAUCGCCUCGGUGACCGGGCUGGUCUACGGUCAAUCCAACUCCACAAUUGACCCAAACAGCAUCCCUAUCGCGACCAGAGACCAAUGGUGUCAGUCCCAGACGUCCUCAUGCCCUCUCCUCUGUCUUCAGCUGCCAGGCACAUCGGGCUCCCCCAAGGACAAUACCUGCGACCCUAAAACCCUCGCCUAUACUUGUGUUUGCAACAAUGGAAUGAGCCCCAACGCCUCCCAGUACUCCCUGACCAUUCCAUACUUCAUUUGCACCCAGCAAGACACCGACUGCGUCAACAACUGCAAUGGUGACUCGACCUGCCAGUCCAACUGCCGCAGCCAGCAUCCCUGUGGUGCCCAGAACCCCAAGCGUGUCAAUGUCACUACCACCGCCGGAUCAACCCCCACAACCGCCGCGGCCACAACCUCCGUGGCUGCUUUCACUGGAGUUCCAGAUGAAGGGCUGGGCGUCCCAAUGUCGGUUGACAUGGCCCCAGUCUAUGGCCUGGUGGUGGUCGUGGGCGCUUUCCUUGCUGGUUUCACGACUUUGAUCUGAGGAAGCUUGUGAGGAUAUGGCGGUAUGAAUUCUGAUGCAACCUCAGCCAGCACCGGGCUUAAAACACUCAUAAUGGGAACAUGUCACAUCUAUGUAAUAAUCGCGGUUUUCUUUCCUUUCUGUUCAUCUCAAAUUAUGGUGUUGGUGCGUGCUCAAAUAUAAUGACGAAGCGAGACUUCUCUUCUUACAAGUUUAGUGUUAUUGUUUCUUGAAAAUCACAAGCCUUUGUAAUUUAUUUGAAUCGGAC